AUGCUUUCAUCACGAGCAACGACCAAACUCUGCGCGCCACGACACGGCGCGGCCCAGCUGCGGGCGGCGGCCCUGCGACACCUGAACAGCACCAGCUCCCUCGGCCUCUACCCGGCGAGCCUCCGCAUCUCCGUCACCCAGCAACAGCACAGCAACUUCUCGACGACGCCGGCCUCCCGGCUCCGGGACUUCUUCCCCGCCAGGGAGACGGAGCACAUCCGCACGACGGCGCCGGCGUGGCCGCACCCGGGGUACACGGAGCAGCAGAUGCUCGACAUCGUGCCGGACCACCGCGCGCCGCGGACCGUGGGCGACUGGGCCGCGUGGAAGUUCGUCCGGCUGGCGCGGUGGUGCAUGGACCGCGCCACGGGGCUCGGCGCGGACCAGCAGGUCGACAAGAGGAACCCGACCACCUCGCUGGUCGCCGAUAAGCCGCUCACCGAGGCGCAGUGGCUGGUGCGGUUCAUCUUCCUUGAGAGUAUUGCCGGAGUUCCCGGCAUGGUCGCCGGCAUGCUUCGGCACCUCGGCAGCCUGCGGCGCAUGAAGCGCGACAACGGCUGGAUCGAGACGCUCCUUGAGGAGUCAUUUAACGAGAGAAUGCAUCUCCUGACCUUCAUGAAGAUGUCGGAGCCCGGGUGGUUCAUGAAGACGAUGAUUCUCGGCGCGCAGGGCGUCUUCUUCAACGGCAUGUUCCUGUCGUAUCUGGUCUCGCCCAAGAUCACCCACCGCUUCGUCGGCUACCUCGAGGAGGAGGCCGUGCACACCUACACCAGGUGCAUCAAGGAGAUCGACGAGGGCCUGCUCCCCAAGUGGUCCGACCCGGAGUUCGCGAUCCCCGACAUCGCGGUGCAGUACUGGAAGAUCCCCGAGGGCAAGAGGACGAUGAAGGACCUGAUCAUGUACAUCAGAGCCGACGAGGCUGUCCACCGCGGCGUCAACCACACGUUGAGUAACCUCGACCAAAAGGAGGAUCCGAACCCCUUCGUUAGCGAGUACAAGGACGGCGAGAAGCCCAAUGCCGCACUCAAGGCGCAGGGCUUCGAGCGCUCCGAAGUCAUCUAA